ACGGCCACUGUUUUCCGUUCCGAAUCUACAACCACUCCUGUUCGUAUCGUAUUUAACGCUUCUUAUGGCCGAGAAGCUUCGCUCAAUAGUGUGCACUGGAAAGGUUCCGUUAUUGGUUUGGAUGUUCUUCCUCAUUUAAUUAGAAUAAGAUUAUACAAAUAUCUUUGCACCGCUGAUCUGAGAAAGGCUUUUCUACAAAUUUCGAUUCAUCCCGAACAUCGUAAAUAUCUUCGUUUGUUGUGGAAAGAAAAGGAUAAUCAGAUCAAGAAAUACGAGAUGACAGUUCUUCCUUUUGGUGUCAUCUCUUCGCCAGCAAUUCUUCCUCAAGUUGUGGAUAAAAUGGUUCAGUCUAUUGGUAAUAAUUCUUCUCGAAAAAUGCUCACUGGUGUCACUUAUAUGGAUGACCUGCUCAUUGGUUCCAACGAUAUUGGUGACUUGCGUCAAUGUAUUGUUGAUGCUGAACGAACAUUUAAUUCUUCUGGUUUCGAGAUCCACAAAAUCUAUUCUAAUGCGUCGAUUUAUGAUGAAGCGUCUCCUGAUAGUUCUGGACUAUUGGGCCUGUCUUAGCUAAGCGUAUUCUAUUAUCGAUAAUUGGCCGUAUUUUCGAUCCUUUAGGAUUGAUUGAUCCCCUGAAGCUCCAAUUACGUUUAGUUGUAUUUUAAUGCAGUAAUAAUAAACGGGCGAGAUUAAAGCAAUUCAAAACUAAACUGAGAAAGGCGUAAACGCCAAUUGUUUAAGUAGCAGUAGAAAUCAAAUCUAAUUAUCGAACACCAAUCUACUGUUUGUUUUGUUUUUUUUAAUUUUAAUAAAAC